GAAUACGAGGAAGCAAAGAGCUUGCAUUUGAAGAAACCGCUUUCUGUGCGGACGUUUCGGAAAACCGUUGGGAGCUUUCGCGUUAUUCGAGCCCAGCCUCACAUCGAGAGAGCACUCUUCUCUAUCGGCACCCAUGAGUUUCAAUUUCCAGACAGCCUGCUUUUUGACGGCAUGUCUUCAGUGGGUAACUUCGUCACCAUUAGUAUCCACAGUGGAGUGGAAUGAAUCAACGACCUCGACUCUAACUACUACAGCACUGCCGAAGUCAACGAGGAGAAACCUGAACGCCGACCUGGAAGGCGCUUUCGCUGCCCUCGAACCAAAAUUAAGGCCUCUAAUGAAGUACAUCCACAAGCAUCCGAUGGUCAGCACCGAUUGCAAGUUGGGCCUUCUAAAGACAGCCCUAGCCCUGAGAAAUGGCGAGACGUGGGCGUUCAAAUUGAUCACAGCAACCGGAUACAUGCCCAACGGCGUGUAUGAAGGAGGAUUUGCCAACCUCGGCAGCCAAGACCAGUGCCUCAAGGUGGAAUCGAACAAGGGCAUUCGGGGAAGGUACUGCACCCUCUUUUGGAGGCCUCCAACGGAGGUAUCACUGGCUGCGUUUACGAAAGAAGAAUUACGAGAAAAUCCGAGACUGGACAUCCGACUGUGGUUGAACAACACACGAGAGCGCUUUCACGUAGGCAGCCGUUCAGGAGUCUGCAUUCCCUCCACAUGUCAGCAGAAGGAAAUGAACCACAUCAUAUCUGGCGUGGCUUCGGCUUACGGUGCGGAGGCAUCGUUGAAGUACUGCCGAACCAAAGAAGCUGUCCGCUUCAAGAAGCUAGAAGUUGGCAUUAUCUCGUUUUUUGGUGCUGUGUUCAUCGUGAUAAUAUUGAGCACGUUCGCUGACCUAAUGCUCACGAAAUGCGAAAGAGAUCACACCAAGAAGAGGCCGGUGGCACCUUGGAAGAAGCUUGCCGUUGCCUAUUCCGCAGUGUCGAACACGAGGAAGCUCCUCGACCUGAGAAUUAAAAGUGGAGACAGCCAGAGACUGCGGUUUCUCCAUGGCAUGAAGUUCUUCAGUGCGCUGUGGGUGGUUCUAUCUCACGCUUAUUACUGUGUGCACGCAGACGCAGUUGAUUCAAUGUUUAGAGCAGUGGAACUGACGGAAUCACUACGUUUCCAAGUGGUUGCAAACGGCUUCGUAUGUGUGUCCACAUUCAUCUUCGUCAGUGGAUUUCUCCUGGGAUAUGCGCUUUUACAGAGACGCAAUUCACUGCGCAAGAGAAAUGCUUGCAUUCAAGUCAUUGUAAUCAUCGUACGUCGUUACUUCAGGACGACGAUACCUGCUAUGGUUGUUGUUCUGGCAUUCUUUCUCUUACCAAAGUUAGUCCAUGGACCGUUAGCUGAAGAACACCUCUCGAAAUAUUACAACGGCUGCUCAAAAAACUGGUGGACCGUGCUAGUGCACAUCAACAACUUCAACAAGUACGAAGAAAUUUGCCUGGACCACUACUGGUACAUCAGCGUGGACAUGCAGAUCUUUGUGGUGGCGUCUGUCCUGUGCGUGUUGAUGACGAGGCAUAUCAAAUUUGGGGCAAUCAUACUUGUCUUGCUGAGCGUGGCUUCUUCAGGAAUUGUUAUGGCGCAGACUUUCCACUACAAUUAUCAGCCUAUAAUACUCUUCUGGAAUCCCGAUACGGACAAAUCUACAGAAACAGGCGAAAUGGUAUAUUCGAUGCCACUGAUCCACUUCGGCUCUUUUGCCAUUGGUAUCUUCUGCGCUUUAUUCACGUUGCACAGUGAGCACUGGCGUCCAAGCAGGUGUUCUAGGUGCCUGCUGUGGGCUCUAGCGCUGUGCUGCACCACCGUGGUAGUGUUCGCGUCGUGGCCCUGGAACAACAUGAAGCUGCCAUCAAGGGGCGUGGCGGCGCUGUACUCGGCCCUGCACAAGAACGCUUGGGCCUUAUCUCUCGGCUGGAUCACGUACGCAUGCGCUACGGGACAAGCAGGCAAGGCGAGGCUGAAAAGUCCUUAG